ACUGUACGAUGCCAAAAAAUGGCGCUCCCACGAACGAAUUUAUUUUUCCGAGCUGUUUGGUCAGUUUUGUAUAGAAAGAGAAUGGUUAGGGUAUUUUAUUGCACUGGGGAAGAGGGUGUUGGAAACGAUGGAUUGUAUACAAAUAGUGAACAUACAAGGUGAUAUGAUAAUUUGUAUGUGAAAGCUAGAAGUGUAGUCCAUGGGGGUGCCACACCCUAAAGAGCCCCCCCCAGAUAAAUUGGGUUUGAAAUAGACAAGAGUUUUUUUAUUAAGGAAAAGGACCAAGUCUAGCUGUUGGUACUAGCCAUAUCUAUGGUACUAACUUACUUUACCAGAUGAAGUACCUGGGGUCCUGGGACCCAACUGCCCUCCCCCUCACUAAAGACCCUAAAAGAAUAUCAGCAUCACAUCUAUACUGUCAUGCCUUUUAAGUGUUUGUGUGUCUCAAAUGUCAUCUUUUAACAUCAUCAUUUUCAAAAUGUUACAAUGCCACUGGACUAUAAUGUGAACAUAUAAAAGGCCUGUUUACACUUGCAAUUCUUGCAGCGAUUUCUAGUGCGAUUUUCUUCUUCUGAUGGAUGUGAACGAGUAAAUAAGUUAUGAAUGCUCUUGGUAUAUAUGUACCCACAUCUAAACAUUCCUAACUCAUCCACUCAUUCACAUCCAUCAGGAGAAGAAAAUCGCACCUAAAAUCGCAGCAAAAAUUGCAAGUGUAAAUGGGCCUUAAUUAAGGUGUAUCCCACAAAAAAAUGUUUGGACAGGGCCUAAUACUCUCCCCCAUCCUGAUUGAGGUAGUCUAUGACUGUGAAUCGUUUCAGAAUUGAUCCUUUCCGAGGAGCAUCUCAAGAAGCUUUUCCUGAAAAAAUUUCCACAAUUUUAAUGGCUCCAAUAAAUCAAGAUGACAUUGAAAUCAAGCCAGAUGGUAAGGAUGGUCAAUGGAAAAUAUAUUUUUGGUAUAAUUAUAGUUUGUACUUAGGGACCGUUCAUUAAUUAUACGUCAGGGUGGGCUGGAGGAAAAAGAGCAGAAACGGUGCAUGUUUUUCCAUGACCCCCACCAGGUGUUAAUUUUCAUGACCCCUUCUAACCCAGCUAAUUUCAGUCACAACCCCUAUUUAUUUUCACCAAGUCAGACAAAUUUUCCUAAAAUGUUGGGGGGGGGGGAGAGGGGGAGGUAAAAAAAAUUUCCGGACAAACAUAAGCAUAGUCUAAACAUUUUUCCAGACUAACAUAAGCAUAUUCAAACGCUUCCAAUUUCUUCACCACAAACAUUGCAAAAGCUUUAAAACUGUUAAAAUUGCAAACCAUUUCAUCAAAUGGUUUUGGUUGUGAAGGCUUAAUAUUUGAAACUGGCCAACCUAAAAUAUUAAUAAUUACCACAAAUAAUUUUGGCAAACCCCCCCUUUCAUGCUGAAAACACUUUAAAGGCCCCCCUUUCUAACCAUAAGUUGUUUGGCAACCCCCCCCUUAAUUUUCCUCCAGCCCCCCCCCCUGGUCCUUAAUUAAUGAACGGUCCCUUAGUAAUAUCUUUAAUUCCUUACUAAUAGGUCUCCUUUACUUGCCUGAGAUCAAAUAUCGAAGAAUUUUGAAUCAAUCGUUUGGACCAGGUGGCUGGGCAUUGUUACCCAGAGGUGAAUCACUCCAAUUUCAGGUUUGUUGAAAUAACACAAGUGAGAUAAGCACAAAAAAUGGAAUUUAAGCUUCUUUUUCUUUGUGCUUAUAUCAUAUCAUACAAAUCGGGAUUAAUCUCUGGCAAAAAUUAUAAAAGGUCAAAUUUUGCAGAAUGAAAAAGACAAAAGUCAGCUAAUCACAAGAGAGUAUGCGUUAUUCUGCAGUGGUCGCUAUGCCUCUCAAGCUGUGGGAGAACACACAUUCUAUGGACAGGGAAAUAUGGUCUAUGGCAAAGCAAUGGAAGCAGCCAAGUCUAAUGCAUUAGUACGCUGCUGUAAAGAUCUUGGCAUUGCCAGCGAGCUGUGGGAUCCAAAGGUACAGAGUGCCCUUUGCAUGACAAUUAGUAAUAACACAGCUAUCGUUCAAUUUGAAAUCCUUGGAGUGGGGUGUGGUUGCCCAGUGUCUGCCACUGAACAGAUGGAUGAUAUAGUGCUAUCUGUGUUAGGCCUGGGGUGCAUGGAUUUAAUGAUUUAAUGCAAAAGAAAAUUCUAUGGUACGAUAAGGUGAAAGUGAAAAGAAAUUAAUAUCGCUUUCAUUCGACGGGACGUUGAAGCAAAGACCACAUUUCUAUUGCACAAAGCCCACCAUGAAACAUUUUAAUAUAAAGCGCGCGCACGUCAUAAAUUUGAAUAAAUUGAAGUUAAUUUACCCAAAACGCAAAACGGAUAUGACGUAGGCCGGGCAAGCUUUUCUUCGUUUAUUCGUAGACCCCUCACGAAACGUGUUUCUGCUGGGGUCUACACCGUAGGCUAGCAUUAGACAAGCUAUCCGGAAAAUAUGCGUGAUAUUUUCCUAGUAUAAAUUGCGCUUUUCUGGAAAGUUCGUUUUGUGUUUACUUUACACUAAGUCUAAGACGUAUCAUUUGUAAGACAGAUUUAUCCGUCUUUAGUAUAAUUAUGGCAAGUAUCAGCCAUAGCAACUUGAUAAACACAAACUUUUAUAGAGUGACUCACUUUUUUACAGAUCGAGUGGCUCUUUUAUAAAGUGGCUCACUUUCUAUUAGGGACCGGUCAUUAUUUAUGGCGGGGGGUGGCACCGAAGAGAAAAGGGUUGGGUAAACUAAAUUUUGAGUAAUUAAAAGGUUUGGUAAAUGAAAAACAAAACAACUCAAGGGUUGGGUAAUAAAAAGUUAUUGUCAUUUCCAAAGCAUGACUCACUUAAAUAUUGGAGACUGAAAAGCAAUGUCAACAGUCAUAUGUCAAUACAAUAUGUGAAUCAAUCAGAGUCACUAUCUUGAUCAUUUUCCGAUUUGUUGGGAGACAAAUGGUGUCUCCAAAGAAAGUACAUGUACAUACAAUAUGAAAGUUUAGUUAUCAAACUUGUGUCACAGAAGUGGUAAAGGACAUGUGUGACAACUGAAUGGUAUUCUUUUGUAAAGGUUUUGGCCAGGGGUGGGUAUUAUUUUUUAAUUGAUACUUGAGGUUGGGUAAUCAAAUUUUUUGCUUUUUAAUGGUUGGGUCAGCAAAAUUUUUACCACGAAAAACAUUUCUCUUCGGUGCCACCCCCCACCAUAAAUAAUGACCGGUCCCUUAUGCGGACGGAUUCGUCAUCGUGCGACUUCAUCGCGUUGACCCUUCUACACGCGUAAAAAUCUCACAACUUGUUGACAAGCCUGAACUGACAAGUUGCAAUUGGUAUAAUCUUGUGACAUGGUUGAUGAGGCCAACAGACUCGCAACAAGUCUGAUAUCGUCUGCACGCAGUGCCGCCGAGAGGGGGGCCAGGGGGGGGGGGGCAAAUUGCCCCGGGCCCCCAGGUUCUUGGGGCACCUAGAAAUUUUUUGUUGGGCUCCAGUCAUUUUUUUGGGUGAAAUAUUUCCGCGCAAAGGGCAAGAUAUUUGGGGUUUUGGGGGCAAAGUACGGAAAUUUGGUAUGAAAAAUUGAAGUAAAGUCGCUUGAAAGCAAUUACAAUGCACUCGUCCGGAAAAUUUUUUCCGUAAAAAGGGUUCGACGGGAGGGAGGGGGGGGGGGUUGUCCGAAAAAAAUGUUAAAUAGGGGACCCUAAAAAAAUUUGCCCCGGUUCCCCGCCAAACUCUCGGCGGUCCUGUCUGCUCGUAACAAGUUGUCAAGAGUUGAUGACAACAAGCUUGUAGCAACUUGUUACGAAUAUCUUGUAUUAGUCUUGUUGGAACAACUGUAGCAAAUCUGUUAGACUGUUACCGUCAUCAACCUUGUAACAAGUUGUCGCAACAACUGGGAACAAGCAGUGCGAACACAUCCUGAUAUCGGUUUGACAGUUGACAAUAUCCUUGUGACAACUUGUUUGCAGAUAUUAACAACUUGCGCGUUUUACGUAUAAAACACGGUUCAACUUUAUCAGAGAGGAUCAACUUUACACUUUAUGUUUUUAUGCGUUCUAGUUUGUUUCUGACUGGAAAGAACAAUUUGCAAAGUCGGUAUGGUGCGAACACUCGUUCACAGCAGAAAAACGAAAAUUAUGGCUUCGAAGCGAUCGCGAUCCUGCAAAAGCUAUCCCCUAUCCUUGGAAAAGUAUGGCUGCUAAUCCGAAAUAAUAAUGAGAACAAAAAAAUUGUGAAGAGAACGAGAGAGUUGAAGUCUGGAUGUGCCUGAGGUUGUGUGAGGAUGAACUGACUAACGGCGGAUUUCCAUUCAAUGCAAAAUGUUGCGCGAUCGACUUUUUGCGAUCGCUUUCUUUUGAAAUACAAACAGUCAAGCGCGGGAACAAAUCUCAUUAGCUGUAGUUGACUGCACACAUUUCCGAAAAGAAAGCGAUCGCAAAACAUCGAUCGUGCGACAUUUUGCACUGAAUGAAAAUCGGCCUUAAUAUUCACAUUAUAUUACGUUCAAUCCAGUGUUCAAUCUCGAACCUAGACUUGGAUCAAGUCCGUCUCUCAAGAGUCCGACUCAGAACCCAGAGUAUGCCGGUUCGCAGAUUAGGUGCUGGGCAUGCCCACUAGCUAACCUGCGAACGGGCAUACUCUUACGAGAUUGCCAGGCUGCUCCAUUUACUCUAGAACAUUUGGAACACUGUUCUGGAACGAUAUAAAAUGGAGUGCACACGGUGUUCUGGAACAGUAUUUAGUUUAUUGUAUAUGCGUGCAACCAUGCAUUACUAUAUUCAUUAGCUAUUCCCAUGAUAAAGCGUAUAAUAUGUCGAUAUAUAGCAGUUAACCCUUCAAAAUAACGCUCUAUAGUGCAGUGUACAUUACCGGAUACACAAAAUAUGUCGUCUCCAUUUCCAAUCGCGUGAAAAUAGGCAGUGUCACGUGUCUGUUCUGGCUGCCCCUACUCGAAAAUCGGGGUAGUCAGAACAGUUCAGAACAGUCAUGUACUCAUGUGACUGUCUUCUGUUCCAUUCCAUUAGUGUUCCGAAAAUCCGGAGUACUCCGAACAGUAAAUGGAGCAUUGACAUUGUACUCCGAACAGUGAAUGGAGUAGCUUGUGCAUUACGUUGUGUUAUUGAAUAUAACACACCGCUAUAGCCAGAUGUUGUAUAUAGUAAAGACCAGGGCCUUACGGCAAACUUCGUAACAUCGUUGUAGUUUCUUACAGUUACCAUAUUUACUCGAUUAAACGCCGCCCUCGUAUAAACGCCGCCCUCAUAGGACAGUGCACAUUUCAGAAGAGGCAUUAAUUAUAGCACUAUGGUGGGCACGCAACGAGGCGGACAACUUAUAAUCCAUUGUAAAUAUUAAAUAAGUAAUUUUCAUUGCCAGUACGCAAUUUCGGGAAGUGCCUAGAAUGCCAGUCAACACAAAAGAAUUGGUUUGAAUUAAAUUUAUAUUUUUCAGUUGAUACGGUAGUGUAUAUUUCUAUAUGCAAUUCUAUUUGACAUGCGCGUAAUACUUCAAACACGGACCGGCAAGCACCAGUGACAGUUCAUAUCUAACAGGCGUCAUCGCUUGACGCGGGUAAAACACAUGCCAUAUGGUUUUGCUGCCACGCGUACGAGUGCCUAUAUAGCCUUAUAGGCAUGCAAAUUAUGUUGAAAGGUCGUCAAGAAUACUAGAAAACCUAUAUAUACAUCAAUUAUUACCC